CUUCCCUUCGGUGCGUCUCGGUCCGCCCGCAGCAGUCUCCUUCCCGGCGAGCUUUCACUACAGAGAUGGCUGCGAAAGUGUGCAGAUCAGUACUCCUGUUGUCCCGGAGCAGCGGAGCGGUGGCCGGCAGCCUCCCCGCACUUGUUGGGUCUUCACAGCGACACCAUCAGCACAUAAGACCGCAGGAGGUACUGUCUGCUCCCCUCACCCGUCAGACUGUCAGGAGAGCACAUGGCCAACGGUCGGCGGCUCACUCGACACUCUUCACCCAGCCUCCCACUGCCCUGUCUCCACAGGUUUGGAAGGGCGCCCCCUCAUGGCAUGGCCAGAGACUGUUGUGUACCGCCGCUGCUUCAGAGGAGGUGACGGUGGUGUAUCAGAAUGGACUGCCAGUGAUCUCAGUCAGCUUGCCGUCCCGGCGAGAGCGCUGUCAGUUCACCCUCAAGCCUCUCAGCGACUGCGUCGGGGUUUUCCUGCAACAGCUCCAGGCGGAGGACAGAGGCAUCGACCGGGUAGCCAUCUACUCCUUGGACGGAGCCAGAGUUGCCUCCUCCACAGGAAUAGACAUCCUGCUGCUGGACGAUUUCAAACUUGUCAUCAAUGACACCACGCAUCUCGUGCGGCCACCUAGGAGAGAGCUGCUUCCUCACGAGGAGGCGGAGAGGUUGAACGACGUGAAGUUCCUGGUGCAGCAGCUCUACACCACGCUGCGCAUCGAGGAGCACCAGCUCAGCAAAGAGCGGGAGCUGAUCGGACGACUGGAGGACCUCAACUCUCAGCUCCGCCCCCUCGAGAAGGUGAAAGAGGAGUUGAGUAAGAAAGCCGAGCGGCGCACCACCUGGGUGCUGUGGGGCGGCAUGGCAUACAUGGCCACCCAGUUCGGCAUCCUGGCCCGGCUGACAUGGUGGGAGUACUCCUGGGACAUCAUGGAGCCGGUCACCUACUUCAUCACCUACGGCACCGCCAUGGCCAUGUAUGCCUACUUCGUUCUCACGCGUCAGGAGUACGUCUAUCCCGACGCCAGAGACCGGCAAUACCUGCUCUUCUUCCACAAGGGGGUGAAACGGACACGCUUCGACAUCGAGAAGUACAACAAGCUGAAGGACGACAUCGCCGAGGUGGAGCUGGAUCUGAAGCGUCUACGGGACCCGCUCCAGCUGCAGCUCCCGGUUCAGCAGCUCGCCAACAGUAAAGAUUGAUGGGACGAGUGACUCCCUCCUCUCACGGCUCCUGCAACGCCCCUUCUACCCCCCAACCCCCCACCAUCCUCCACCCUCCUCCUUUACCUCUCUCCCCCCUGUCCCUCCCACUCCCAAUAAUCCCCAUUCCUUCCUCAACAGUGGGAGUUAGUUUUUCUUCCUCUUUUCAUUUCCUUUGUUUUUUUUUCUUCUUCUUUUUCUUCUUUUUUUUUUCUUUCCUGACUGAAAUAACCAGUUGGAAUUGCAAAAGAUGGGGGGAAAAAAAACAAAAAAAACCCAGAUGGUGAGAAUACCAGGAACUGAAAAACCUCUCUCAGCUGAAGGAUAGAGAGCAUGAUGGGAAGAAGGAAGGAAGUCGACAAUGAUGGAAUUCAACCGGGCUCUACGGACCGGCCUGCAGGAGGCUUCAGGGGUGAAACAGGAAUCCUCCCGCCUGUAGAUACUCCAGGACCAGGAACACGAAGACAGGCAGCCGUAGUUCAGUGUGUGUGUAUGUGUGUGUGUGUGUGUGUGUGUGUCUGUGUGUGUGUCUGUGUGUGUGUGUUUGUACGGGACUUUCAGGCUAUGUUGGGACUCCGAUCCUGGCCUACUCCGCAGGUCGACACGGCCAAAUAGCCCCGAUUUCCUCUAGCAGUCAAACUGUCAACACACAUGCACGCCCACACACACGCACGCACACACGCACAUGUGCAACUGCUUUUGGCGGGCCGAGCUCCAAAGGACAACGUUUACAAGGAAGUUGUGACUGCAGUCGCUCCAUCAGGGAGCCUGAAUCCUGCUGCCGCUUCCCUCUCUGAGCCACGCCUCCUCCAGGUGACGGACAGCUGCCCCCCCCCCCCCCCCCCCCCCCCCCCGAGCCCGCCUCCGCUCGCCUCUUUUCCUCUUCCUCUGGAUGUCCUGCAAGUGGCCCGGCCUGCAAAUGAGAGUACUACCGACAACAACAUCACUGUGUGUUCUUUUAUUCCAAAAAAAACAACAAAAAAAAAAACAAUAUUUUGGCACUUUUUAUUUUGAAAGCCAUAGUAUAUUUGUUAUGAAAAAUAUAAAUAUAUAUGUAUACAAUCAAAUAAACAGAUGACCAGAGGCUAGUUUUUUUUUUCUUUCAGUGGGGGGAGGAGCUCUCUUAAACUUCAUUUCAUGGACAAACUCACUAAAGGUCCUCUUGCCAUGAAGGACCCCUGCUGAGCCUGUCACAUAUGCACACACACACACACACACACAAAAGCAUUACACUGUAUGCAUUUUACAAUCCUCAACUCUUUCAUAUGACAAACAUGAGCAAUGUAAUUUUUAUCAUCUUUUGUUCAGAGUUGGAUCCAAAGCUCUGCUGCAUGGCCGCCAAAGUGGGGGAAGCAUUGCAUCACAUCCCAUCGGGGGGAAAAAAACGGUCUCGGAUUGCAAUCGACUGUUUUCCAGCGUUGUGUAGUACCGGUGUGGAUGAUGCCAUGCUUGACCUCUGUAAUCAUCUGAUGAAUGCAAAGAUUGCUGCAGAAAUCCUAAGCAUAAUGACAGGGUUAAAAUGAGAGGUCAUUCAAACCUGCAGGCAUGUUGAACUUUCGUAUUUUUGAUGAACUUGAAUGACUUCUGAGGGAAACAAAACAAGCAGAUUUACUAACUCGCCUGCAGCUCAGUCGCUUUUUUGUCAAAAUAUUCAUGUUCUCAUUUCAGUCUAAAAAAACCAAGUCCGUUUUGGUUUGUCAAGUUUGUAUAGAGAACACCAGAAAAGAGUGUCAUGGCAAGUUGGUCUUUAAUUUUAUUAUUUGUUUGUUAAUUUUAUUCAACAUCCUGAAUAAAGCCAGAGUUUUCUCCUCCCACUGCUGCUGUAAUGCCCCGCCCCCCCCUGCUCCCUCGAUGGCAAGGCAGGGUAGACUGCAUGCUGUGGUAUGCCCUCAGUAGAAACUUUGUGAAUGUGUAGGAGCAUUAUUGCAAUUUUGUACUCAAUUGGACACUUUUCUUUGCCACAUCGAGCUGAAGUCUCAUCUACAUUUAGCUUGAGUCUCACCCCCUCCCCGUCAAAUCAAAGGUUAUAGAAGCCAUAUUAUUUGUUUUGGAGUUUUUUUUUUUAAGUCCUCCUUUUUUUGUCCUGAUUUUCUGGUCCAACACUCAACAGAUCCUCGUCAGCUUUCCAUCACUUCCUGUUCAGGGUGAGGAUUGGCGGCCCUCUCUCUCCAGCCCUCCACGUUUAUCUCAUUAAAUGAAACUGUAGGAUCGAGGGGAAGCACGGUGACCCCUGACCCCCCGUCGUGUGUGAACCGUUGACUCAAUCCUACCGGUGGAGAUUGUUGUGUUUAACUGAAGAUUUUAUAUCAAAAUGCAUGAGUUUAAGGUCAAAUCAAAGGUUAGCCAUGCGAAUCUCCUGGUAGGGUUUGGUCUGAUCUGUCAGUGUGUGUGUUGGUGUGUAUUAUCUCGAAGAAAAUCUGUGCCUUUAUGGAUGCGUUAAACUCUGCUCUUCUGUUAAAUUCUACGGAGGCCCCUUUACACACCAUGACACACACACACACACACACACACACAACUGUUUCCUUCGAGAUGUGCUGCAGAGGGCGAGAGAAUCCAGUCCUCCUCUGCUGUUCUUACUCCUCCGUCCCAUCAUCACCUCCUCCUGCUCCUUUUACUCAUGCCAUCAACCGUCUAUUGCCUUUUUUUUUUUCUUUAUUUUUUAGAAAUAAACUAUAUCAAAUAUAGGGAAACUUUAUUCUAAAGAGGGUGUUGCAUGAAUGUAUGUUUACAUGGGAAAUUAUAUU